AACUUAUUUAUGUCAACAAGACUUUAUGAAGCUUCCAUGCAACUUCCUUGCACCAAAACCUAGAUAAUUUCAACCUUUUAAUUUCUUUUCGUUCUUAUUGCAUCACAGCAGGGGCAAGAACGAUAUAUUUGACAUAGACAAAAACAAUAUUUUCUGAGUCAGUCCUCACUUUAAUCCAAUAUUCUCUUUAACUACCAAUACCAAUGGCCACUGAGAAACCACCAAAAUCAUCCAAAUGGUUUUCCAACAAGAAUCUUCAGCUAAGCUUCAAGCGACUCCGAUCAGAGUCAUCUACCUCAAGAAGAUUGAACUGUGUUCCUAACUCAAGAGUAACCUCUCCUGCCUCGCUAACGACCCCAGAAAUUGUUACGACUGCUAGGCAAGAAGAUGAGCUAAAACAAGUGUUUAGUUAUUUUGAUACAGAUGGUGAUGGAAAGAUUUCAGCACUUGAACUUAGGGCAUACUUUGGUUCCGUUGGAGAGUACAUGUCGCAUGAAGAUGCUGAAAGUGUGAUCAAAGAACUUGAUGUAGAUGGUGAUGGCUUGCUGGAUUUCAGUGAUUUCUUGAAGCUAAUGAAGAGAGGAGCAGCCAAUGAUGAGGAGGAAGACCUCAAGAAAGCAUUUGAGAUGUUUGAGUUGAAGAAAGGAGAUGGGUGCAUAACUCCAAGAGGUUUACAAAGGAUGUUGAAUCGUUUAGGAAAUAAAAAAUCAUUAGAUGAAUGUGUAGCUAUGAUUCAGGUUUUUGAUACUGACGGUGAUGGUGUUCUUGAUUUUCAUGAGUUUCAUCAAAUGAUGUCUUAGACAUUCGUUCUAGCUUUUGUUAUGUUCAACCACUCAUAACCUAAAUAUUUCCGAAGAAUUGUUGUUGUUUGCUUGCAAGAAUGUCCAUUUUCUUAAAAAGAAUUUAAGAGCAUCUAAUUUUAUUUUUUC